AUGUUGCGGAAGGCGGGCCGCGGAGCCUGCGUCCAACUCCUGGGCGUGGAGCAAGAGGUCGCGCGGCAGCUGCUCCACUUCGUCUAUACGGACAAAGCGCCGCGGAUCGACGACUUGGCGCUCGACUUGCUCGUCGCAGCUGACAAGAUCGCUCUGCCGCUGCUGAAGGAGAUGUGCGAAGAGCAAGCGGCUCGGCACAUAGCGAUAGAGAAUGUAGCCAGUGUCGCAGCGCUCGCCCUGGAGAACUACUGUACAGCGCUGACGAACGCCGCGGUCGCUUUCAUCAAGAACCACCAUGCGGAGGUUGUGAAGACUGACGGCUGGACAGACCUGAUGCAGAAGAACACCCAUGCUGCUACGGAAAUCCGUCGCCUUGUAGCCGCCAGUGAGACAGAAAGCAGUGCUGCGACGAGACGGCUUCAGGACGGCAGAGGCACGCUGGCGGCCGACCUGUCCGCACUGCUGGAGUCCGCAGACUUCUCUGACGUCUACCUGGUGGUGGGCGGCUCUCGCCUUCCAGCCCACAGCGCGCUGUUGCGCUCCCGCAGCCCAGUCUUCUCCAGCAUGCUCGAGGACGCUUCCGACAGCUGCCUCCACAUACACGACGUAGAGGAGGGCACGCUUCGGAGGCUGCUGCUCUUCCUGUACACUGACCGACGGCCCCCGCCGGAGGCUCUCUCCGAUAGCAUGCUGAUUGCGGCCCACGUGUUCGGCCUGCCCGUCCUCAAGAAGCACGCCGAGCUCGAGUCCGUCAAGAGGCUCGGCGUGGAGAACGCGGCCGCCAGCGCCGUGCUGGCCGCGACCCACGGCUGCCCCCUGCUGGAGACCGUGGCCGUCGACUUCAUCAGGCGGCACAUCACCGAAGUCAUGGCCACGGACGGCUGGAAGGCUGCACUGCGCAACAACACGGAAACCGCUGUGCGGAUAUGCAGUCUCGUGGCCUCAGCAGGAGCACCAGCUGGCACAGCGACUUCUGGCAGGACAGUGUCGGAAGAGAGAGUCGGUGCCAACUUGACAGAGAGACUGCACGAGGCGGCGGGCCUGGACGACGUCGGGGAGCUGCGGACACUGCUAGCUGCGGGGGUGGCAGUGGACGCCCGCGACAGGUGGGGGCGGACGGCGCUGCACUGCGCGGCUGAGGGCGACGGCGAGAAGGCGGCGCGGUGGCUGCUGCACGCGGGGGGCGACGCGACGGCGCGCAGCCAGACGCAGCGCACGCCGCUGCAUGGCGCCGCGGCGCGGGCCGGCGCGCAGCUGGCGCAGCUGCUGCUGGCCGCGGGCGCGGAGGUGAACGCGUGCGACCAGCUGCUGAUGACGCCGCUGCACUGGGCAGUGGCCAACCCCAGCGCAGAGGUGGCGCGCCUGCUGCUGGCCGCGGGGGCCGACCGCCACGCCAGGGACUGCUGGGGCCACACGCCCCUCGACCUGGCUGCCGCCUGCGACCGGCAGGCGCUCGUCGACGUCCUCAAAUGA